AGCCUGCCACGCGGCAGCAACACAACAAGAGAACGUAAACCAGUCUCAUCGCGUGAAGCCAUGACAACUCGACACCAGGCCCGCCUUCCAUGCUGCUUGGCCUUGCUAUUCGUGCCAUGGCUACUCCAGCUAGGAAGCUCUGCACAGGAGGCCUUCUUGGGUUUGAGACAGCCCACGUCGCGGCCCAAGGCCUCCUUACAUGCACUGGUAGGUGAUGAUGGCACCACCUUCGAGAGGUUUGAAAAGGAUCCGAGUGACAAGAAGGUCCGGGGCGAGAGGAAGGCAUCAGGUAGCUCUGGCAAGAAAACAGAUUUAGUUUGCACCCUGGAGCCAGUGGAUGACACCUGGUAUGAGGGCUCCAUUAAAAGCUACAGCACUCAAGACGGCUUUGGAUUCAUCCAUUGCGACGAGCUGUUCAACAAGCACCAGGCAGAUGUGUUCCUCCACAAGAGACAGGUGGAUACACACCUUGGGAGUAGGGCAACGCGCGGCGAUCAAGUGCGAUUCCUACUGGGUGUGAACCAGGCCGGCAAGCCCCAAGCACGGAAUGUGGAAAGACGCGUCGGUUCGCAUUGGGUCGACUUCAGCAAGGUGUAUGUGGGAAGUGUCAAAGACUAUCGGGAGGAGAAAGGUUUUGGUUUCAUCGUUUGCCCCGAGACUCACUACAUUUUCCAAAGCGACAUCUUCCUCCACAAGAACGAGGUAGAAAAGAAUAACCUAUCCAAAGGCAGCAGGGUGACCUUCUCCAUUCAGGUUAACAAGAAUAACCGUCCUCAAGCUAGAAGUGUCGAACGGCUGGUACCAACGUCCUUCUCAGGAGAAAGGAGCGAGGAGGAGACAGAGAUGGUGGCGGGCUAAAAAUUGAUGGCUGAGACGGCAAAGUGAAACGCAGUGGAUGCUUGAAGGGCGUGAAAAAGGCAUUUUGUGAGCGCAACUUGGUUAGAAUAUAGUUAUAGUUUAUACCAGCUGCAGUUUUUCUCUGGAAUCCGCCAUACGGUGGGAUUUUGCGCGGCGCCAGCCGCAGCUGAUUGAAAUUUUCGGGCAUUCGGAUGUCCAAGCCCUCGUGGGAGAGCAAAAGAUAUUGCUGAGUGGAGCCAGAGUCGCGCGAAGAA